UAACGGGCGACUAAAGCACGCUGUGCAAGAGUGUACCAGAGGGACCAAGGCAUGCGAUGUCAAGGUGGUAUCCUCUCUGCGUCCCUUUCGCAUCGCACAGCAAUAUGAAGAGAAGCAGGCAAACAGCACCGUCAUGGCCAAGCUAUUCACGCGUUCUACGUCCCUGGACUGGAGUUUCCUGGUCAUCUGGCUAAUCGCUGUCGCCACGGUCAUGGUAGGCUCCUACUGGUCAGGCAUCUCCCAGUACGAACAGUACUUUCCAAAGCCCUCCUGUCCUUCAGCACUCAAGAGGCCUAAGAAGAUCAGUAAGAGUCUGCGGAGGCCAAGCGAACCGGACAGAAAGAAGAAGGCAUCCGUGUCGGUGGGCGUCCCAGCGGAGCCGUCGGACUUCACGGAGAGCAUGGUUGAGAUGGAGGAGGAGUUUACGGUACCCCUCUCUCCCAAGCUGGUCGUCAUGUUCGUCAUGCACAUGAGCGUCAUGCUACUCAUGCUGUACUACUUUUAUCGAUACCUCGUCUACUUCAUCGUCGUCCUUUUUGCGUUAGCAUCGACAGCCGCUCUGGUCUCCUGCCUGGAACCUGCCGUCAACCGGAUCCACGUGGGAACGUCAAAGGUGCCCAGUAAGUUCCCUACCUGCUUCCAGACGCCCAUGGAGGUCAGGCAGGUGGCGCUGCUGGCGUUCGCGUUGUCGGUCGCCGUCGCCUGGUUCCUGCUUCGACGCAAUGACACGUACGGCUGGAUUCUGCAGGACAUUUUGGGCAUCGCAUUCUGCAUCAACAUGCUCAAGAGCUUCCACCUUCCAAACUUGAAGGCACGCAGCAAAUAUUCAGUUCAGCAUUCAAACGCGCAGGCAAACUCGGAGGCAAUAUCGACUUGGCCAGUUUCUCUCGAUCCCCCAUCGUGA